UUUCUUCCGGAAAUUUCCUUAUUUUUCAAGCCUCUUUUUGUCCUUGGCGUGUCGCCAUCAUUUUUAUCCUUUGGCAUUGCUUUUUUUUAUCGGAAAAAGAAGGAUGGCUGAAUAUUUGGCAUCGAUUUUCGGUACAGAAAAGGAUAAAGUAAAUUGUUCCUUUUACUUUAAAAUUGGAGCUUGCCGUCAUGGCGAUCGAUGCUCACGAAUCCACAACAAACCAACUUUCAGUCAGACAUGUCUGCUGCAAAACUUGUACGUGAACCCUCAAAAUUCGGCGAAAAGUGCAGAUGGUUCUCAUUUGGUUUCCAAUGUUUCUGACGAAGAAAUGCAGGAACAUUAUGACAACUUUUUUGAGGACGUAUUCCUCGAGUGCGAGGAAAAAUACGGUGAAAUUGAGGAGAUGAAUGUUUGCGAUAAUCUCGGCGAUCAUCUCGUUGGUAAUGUUUAUAUCAAAUUUCGAAGAGAAGAGGACGCCGAGAAGGCAGUUAAUGAUUUAAAUAAUCGUUGGUUUGGUGGCCGACCUGUUUAUGCAGAACUUUCGCCAGUUACCGAUUUUCGAGAAGCUUGUUGCCGCCAAUACGAAAUGGGUGAAUGCACGAGAUCGGGAUUUUGCAAUUUCAUGCACAUUAAACCAAUUUCAAGGGAAUUGAGACGCUAUAUUUACAGUCGUAAGAAGAGUAGCGGUAGCAGUAAAAGAUCACGAUCAAGAUCAAAAUCACGAGGACGCAGCGAUCGUAGACGUAGAUCUCGUUCUCGAGGAAAGUCCAGGUCCCGAGAAAGACGCCGAUCCGGUAGAUAUUGAAACGAUAAGAAAAAUUUUCCUCUUUUUUUUUUUUAAACACGUAUUUGGUGAAAACUGACUAUUAUGUACUUGACGCAACAUAUUUAAAUGAAAAUUGCAUAAUAUUGCAAUGAUUUUUUUUCUUCAUUUAUACUGUAAGGGGAAUAUACUCAUAUAUAUUUCCGUAAAAUUAGAAUCAAUUCACUGUUUUGUAGAAAUGCUUUAAGAAAUAAAUUAAUCACUUUCUUGUAA